CUUUCGACUUCGCAGCUCGCCACAUCGCCCGUCUCUAUCGGCUUGCCAAUAUGAAUAUCGCACAGCCAGUGGCUUCGUCGCUCGAAAGCGUCGAGUUCGCCCAUCUUUCGGCCGAAGAGAUCAAGUCCAUCUCGGUAAAGCGAAUCGAGAAUGACAGCACCUUCGACAACCUCCUCAACCCAGUGCCCGGCGGUCUGUAUGACCCGGCCCUCGGGUCAUGGGGCGAUUCCCUUUGCCGGACAUGCAAUCUGAGCCAGAAUCAGUGCCCCGGGCACCCGGGCCACAUCGAACUUCCCGUACCUGUCUAUCACCCGGUUUUCAUGGACCAAGCCUACCGUCUCCUCCGUUCCCAGUGCGUCUACUGCUACCGAUUCCGCAUGGCCAGGCACGAGCUCCACAAGUACACCUGCAUGUUUCGGCUUUUGCAGGUUGGCUUGCUACACGAGGCGCAGAUGAUUGAGUCCUUUUCGGUGAGCGACCUUGGAGAGCAGCUCAAGCAACUGAGGUUAUCCGAUGUUCCGACCGUUGAGGACGACCAGGCGGAAGAGGAGGGGGGAAAUCUACAUGACAGCACCAUGCGCGCCAGGGAGACAUAUGUACGCCAGGUUUUGCGAAAUCACAGUUUGAAGGUCAGCAUGGGGGACAUCAGGAAAGGCAAACACGAGGGUGCGGCCGAGAUGAGGCGAGCCUUGAACAAGGAACUCCUCUCCCGGAUGGUCAAGGAGAAGCGGUGCACAAGCUGCGACGGCAUAUCACCCGUCUACCGCAAGGACCGAUGGGUCAAAAUCUUUGAACGCGAUUUGACCGAGAAGGAGAGGGCAGCCAUGGCGCAAGCCGGAAGGAAGCGGAGCGACGCGCUCGCCCUGAGCCGAAAGGCCGAGAAGGACGACAACUUCCAUCUUGAUGAAGGGAUCGAUGUCGACUCGUCCUCCGAGGAAUCUUCGGGUGGCCGCGAUAGCGAGGGCGAGGGCGACAAUCUUGACGAGAAUGGGGAUGUGGUCAUGACAGAUGCCCCGGCCAAGGCGCAACGGGGCAAGUCCAAAGUCUCAAAACCUGCGCAGCGCUAUCUCAGCACGAUGGAGGUCCGCAAGCGCCUCGAAUUGCUCUUUGAGAAAGAGCAAGAGCUGAUUACCCUCCUCUACAACUCGAAGCCCCAGACUCGGGCAUCUAAGCCCCUCACAGCCGACAUGUUCUUCAUCACGACCCUUCUAGUGCCCCCAAAUCGCUAUCGUCCAGAGGCCCGUAUGGGUGACUCCCAAAUAUCCGAAGCGCAACAAAACAGCCUCUACAAGAUGAUACUUAGGAGUGCUUCCAACGUGGCGCAGAUCUCGCGAGAAAUUAGCGGCCAGGGCAAGGAUGGAGCCGAAGACGAAGGCGGCAGGACACGGGAUAUGAGCUCGCUGUACCAGGCAUGGACAGAAUUACAAGACGUCGUCAACUCACUGAUCGACCGCGACAAAAACCCAGUUCAAGGCGCAGCUGCCAAGCGGAAUGAGGAAGGUAUUAAGCAGAAGCUCGAGAAAAAGGAGGGUUUGUUCCGGAAGAACAUGAUGGGCAAGCGCGUCAACUUCGCCGCCAGAAGUGUCAUUUCUCCUGACCCGAACAUCGAGACCAACGAAAUUGGUGUCCCUCCCGUUUUCGCCAGGAAACUCACAUACCCCGAGCCUGUGACGAGCCACAACUUCAAGGAUCUCCAACAAGCUGUCAUCAACGGCGUGGAAAAGUGGCCUGGUGCUUCGGCCAUCGAGAACGAGAACGGACAGGUCAUCAACCUGCGAAAUAAGUCCCUCGAGGAGCGCAUCGCUCUAGCAAAUCAACUUCUCGCCCCGAGUGGCAACAAUUUCAGCGGGCAGCGAAACAAAAAGGUCCACCGGCAUCUGACGAACGGCGAUGUGGUCCUAAUGAACCGGCAACCGACACUACACAAGCCAUCCAUCAUGGGUCACCGAGUCCGAGUGCUUCCGGGGGAGAAGACAAUUCGCAUGCACUACGCCAAUUGUAACACCUACAAUGCCGACUUUGACGGUGACGAGAUGAACAUGCACUUCCCUCAGAACGAGGUCGCGCGUGUCGAGGCCCUCCAACUUGCCGAUACGGAUCACCAGUACAUCUCCGGAACAGCCGGAAACCCCCUGCGUGGCUUGAUUCAGGAUCACUUGUCCGUCUCGGUGGAGUUGUGCAACAAAGACACGUUCUUCGACCAAGGAGCCUACCACCAGCUCAUCUACAGCGCCCUACGGCCAGAGAGCGGACACAUCUCGGGCGAGAAGAUCGAGCUCGUGCCUCCAGCGAUUAUCAAGCCAGUCCCUCGCUGGACAGGGAAGCAGGUCGUCACGACGAUUCUCAAGAACAUCAAACCAAUGGAUUGCGGCGACCUGUGGAUGAACGGGUCUGCCAAGAUCAAGAGCCGCAGCUGGGGUGAAGACUCGGAAGAGGGUCAGGUGAUGUUCCGCGAUGGUGAGUUCAUCAGCGGCAUUCUCGACAAGUCGCAGCUUGGUUCCAGUGACGGGGGUCUUGUCCAUGCUGUGCACGAAGUCUACGGCCCGUCCAUUGCUGGAAAGCUUCUUAGCAGCAUGGGUCGGCUUCUGACUCGGUACCUGGCCAUGAUUGCCUUCACUUGCGGCAUGGACGACCUUCGCAUGACACCAGAAGGAGAGAAGAACCGGAGAGAGACGAUCAAGGCUGCCGCAAAUAUUGGUCUGGAGGUGGCGGCCAAGUACGUCUCGCUCGCUGAGCAAAAGCCAACCAAGGACGAUCCCCUGCUUCUGGAGCGUCUGGAAGAGGUGCUUAGAGACGACAAGAAGCAAGAAGGCCUGGAGUUGCUUACCAGUCAGGAGUGCGCCAAGCUCUCGACCGAAAUUACCAGGCUAUGCCUGCCUGCCGGUCUUCAGAAGCAGUUUCCCAAGAACCACAUGCAGUCCAUGACCAUUUCCGGUGCCAAGGGUAGUCCUGUCAACGCCAACCUGAUCUCGUGUAACCUGGGACAGCAAACUCUGGAAGGCCGUCGUGUCCCCGUUAUGGUGAGCGGCAGGACCUUGCCCAGCUUUAAGCCGUUCGACACCGAUGUGAGGGCAGGCGGCUACAUUGUCCAGCGCUUCUUGACUGGCAUUCGCCCGCAGGAGUAUUACUUCCAUCACAUGGCCGGUCGCGAAGGUCUAAUCGAUACGGCCGUCAAGACAUCCCGCUCCGGCUACCUCCAGAGGUGUUUGAUCAAGGGCAUGGAGGGUCUGAGAGUGUCGUACGACUCGACGGUACGGGACUCGGACGGCACGGUUGUGCAGUUCCUGUUUGGCGAGGACGGUAUCGAAAUCUCGAAGCAGAAGUACCUGAAUGAUUUCGAGUUUGUGCUGCGCAACCUCGACUCGCAGCUGCCGCAGAUCCGGUACCACGAGCCCGGGACCCAGGCGCUGUUUGAGCAUAGGGACGAGGUCAUGAAGCGUAUGAAGAGCGCCAUUCGGUCCGCCAACAGCCGCAACCCGCUUGACCCCGUAGCGUCCGAGCUCGACCCGACGGCCUUCGCCUUUGCCACGUCUGAGAAGUUCUACAGCAAGCUGAUGGAGUACGUCAAGACGAACAAGGACGGACUGAUCAAGGACAAGAAGGGAUCAGACAAUCAGAAAGGUCAGAUCGCUCGCAAGACGGCCGAAAAGAUCCUGGCGGCUAAGUACAUCCGGUCGCUUGUGGAGCCCGGCGAGGCUGUCGGUAUCGUGGCCGGCCAGUCGGUUGGAGAGCCGUCGACACAGAUGACGCUGAACACGUUCCAUUUGGCAGGUCACUCGGCUAAGAACGUGACACUGGGUAUCCCGCGUCUUCGCGAGAUCUUGAUGACGGCCAGCGCCAAGAUAUCGACCCCGUCCAUGACGCUGAUCCUCAACGAAGAGCUCUCGAAAGAAGACGGCGAGCGGUUCGCCAAGUCCAUCAGCGUGCUCCCGCUUGCUCACGUCACCAAGGAGGCAGUCGUGCAGGAGAAGGUCGGCCGCGGUGUCGGAUACGCCCUGGCCAAGUCGUUUCAGAUCAGGCUGCGCUUCUUUGAGGCGGAGGAGUAUGUCAAGAUGUAUGCUAUUGACAUUGCUGAUGUGCUCAAUACUGUUGAGCGAAAGUUCAUCCCUCUGCUCUCGCAGCUCACGAAGAAGGAGAUCAAAAAGAAAUCCAAAGAGAACAAGGCUGCCACGCCCGAUAUUGGCGUCAAGUCGGGAGUCGUGGAGAUGGCGCUCAGCAAUUCCGAGAGGGAGAGGGCCCCGGACGACGAUGACGAUGACGACGACGUGGAUGAUGACGCCACGAGCGCCAAGCAGAAGGCCAACCGGUCCGAGGCUGUCUCGUACGGGCCGAACGAUGAUGAGGAUGACGAAAUCCAACAACAACUACAACGCGAGACGGAUGACACCGAAGAGGGCGAGGAGAGGCUCGAGUUCGAGGACUCGGCAUACGGCGGCAGUCCAGAACCAGAGGACAGCUCGUUCAGCGAUAAGACAGACGAAGAGCGGUCCGAGUCCCGCGCGGCGCGCAUCAAGAGCAAGAACGAGCACGUUGCUCGGUUCCGCUGCGACGAGAGUCGCGGCGAGUGGGUCGAGUUCACACUCGAGUUCGACGCCUCCAUCCCCAAGAUCCUCAUGCUCAGCCUGGUUCAGGAGGCGGUCAAGAAGUCGGUGAUUCAGCAGAUCCACCGGAUCGGCACGGCCACGUUCGAGCCUAAGAAGAAGAAGGACGAGGCAACGGGCAAGGAACACAUAACCGAGAUGCUGGUGCACACCGAGGGCGCCAACCUCCGGGCCAUGCAGCAGUAUGGCGACUACAUCAACCCCAACCGGAUCUCGACCAACGACAUCGCCCAGGUGCUCGAGGUGUAUGGUGUCGAGGCCUGCCGGAGCAACAUCGUGCAGGAGCUCAGCGGUGUCUUCGCCGGUCACGGCAUCGCGGUGGACCCGCGCCAUCUGAACUUGAUUGCUGACUACAUGACCAGAAACGGCAGCUUCACCCCCUUCAACCGCAUAGGCCUGACGGGCAACGUCAGCCCGUUUACCAAGAUGAGCUACGAAACGACCGUCAGCUUCCUCAAGGAUGCCGUCCUCGAGGGCGAUUGGGACCCCCUGGAUACGCCGUCGAGCAGGCUGGUGGUAGGCAAGCUGGGGACCAUGGGCACGGGCUCGUUUGAUGUCCUCACGAGGGUGCCGACGGCGUACAAGAAGGUUGCUGCGUUCUAGACGGGUGUUCAAAGAACACGGGGGGG